AUGGCUGAAACUCUUGUAUACUCGGAGCAUAAAUAUGGACAAGUUCAUGAUCUCCAGACCCUGGGCAUCUGGGAUUUUCCGGCCAAGGACGGCAACACAGGUACCACCACCGACGGCAAGUACUGGAUAGUCUUCAUCCACGGCGGCGCCUGGCGCGACCCCAACGUGGACCUGCACAGCCUGGAGCCCACCAUCUCCAGGCUCCUGGCCGACGAGCACCGGGAUUUUGCAGCCGCGCACAUCGCCGGCUUCGCCUCGAUCAACUACCGCCUCUCCCCGCACGCCAACUUCCCCCAGGACCCGGCCGCCACGCCGGCCAACGAGCUCCGCGCCGCGCAGCAUCCGGAGCACAUCCAGGACGCCGUGGCCGCCAUGACCCUGCUGCACACCCUGCGGCCCCUCGACAGAAACCGCGGCGGCUACGUCCUGACGGGCCACUCGUGCGGCGCCACCAUGUCGUACCAGCUCCUGAUGGGCGCGCAGGCCGGCGUGCCCUCGCCCUCUGCGCUGCCCUUCCCGCUACCGGCCGCCGUCGUCGGCUUCGAGGGCAUCUACGACCUCAACGGCCUCGACCGCCGCAAGGACGGCAACUACACGGGCUUCAUGGCCGCCGCGUUUGGCGACGACCGCGCCGCCUGGGACCUCGUCAGCCCGGCCCUGUUCCGCGGCUACGCCGACGCGUGGUCCGGAGUGCCGAAGCACCUCGCCGUCGUCGCCCACUCGCCCGAGGACUCGCUGGUCGACAUGGACGAGGCCAUCGUCAUGGACCAGGCGCUGCGUGAGAGCGGAGUGCCGGCCUUGCUGUUCAAGGACCUCACCGGCGACCACGACGUCGUCAGGCAGGAGGGCGUGCACACCGCGAGGGUGUUGGUCAAGACGAUUGAAACCCUGCAAUCUUGA